GAAGGAGGAGAUCAAGUCGAGGGGGAGACGGAAGUGGCGUAGCUUGAGCGAGUACGAGAACGAGUCGUCCUCGACGCCGAUAAACGAGGAAUCCGGGAAGAGGAGGACUUUCUCCGAGUCGGACGUUUUGAACGCCAGCCUGUUCAUCAGCGACGACUUUCUCUCCGAGGAUUAUAUCAGGAAAUUGGAGAGAUCCGUGUCGCUGGUCAACGAGAUCUCGAGCAACGUGUCCGAGGAUCUGGCUAAGAGCGAUACAUCGGCCAAAUUUCCAAAGGAGGAGGAGGAGGAGGAGGUAGAAGAAGAAGUCGAGGAAGCUUCGUUCAACUCGGAUGAUCUGGCCAAAUGUUCGAGAAGAAAGUCGUCGAGAUCCACGUCGUCGGCAGAUUCCGUGGGGAGGAGAAGCGAUAUUUCCGAGAAAACGAGGAAAUUCCAAUUGAAUUUGAGGGAAAUGGAGGCGGAGGACGAGCAGGAGAGUUUGCCCGACUCGACCAAGUGCACCAUGGACUCGAACAGCGUCCACUCCGACAAUCUGUCCCUGGACCUGGACGAUGUUUACGACACGUUUCAAAGAUCCGAAAGGAUUCUGGCCUCUUGUUUGGCCGAUACGGAGAACAGGAGGGAUAGGAGGAACGAAAUCGGCGAGUUCGGCUCCCUCUCCGACAGCGUUUACUUCACCCCCCCUGCCGAUGAUCAAGCGUCGUCCGAGGACAAGCCGCCCGCCGAGCUUCCCCACGUUUCCACGGAUUCGUCGUCCGUGUCGAAGGAAACGUCGCGCGUCAAGGAGUGCGAGGACGAUGACGUUUUCGAGGACGUAGGCACGAUGAAACCUUGCGAAAGACGGAACAGUUUCCACUCCUUUCUCAACAGGAUAUUGUUCAAGCAGACGAGAUACGGGACGAUGAAAGGAUCGCCGAACGAGGAUGAGAACAAGAAUACGCUGAAGCAAAAUAUCGUGGACGGUGAAAGAAUUUCGAAGACGAGGUGUGGCGGGAGGAGGACGGUGGCGGAGAGAUGUAGGCCAGAUGUGCUCUUUCCGCCGUCGCACAAACUUACAGUGGCCGAGGUGUUCGACCCGCGGACAGACCGGCCGCGGCCGGAAGUCCUCAAGCAACACUUUAUCCUCGAAGGUAGGAUCGACGAGGCGGCGGCUCUUCGCAUAGUCACCGAUGGAGCCGCCCUCCUCCGCUCCGAGAAGACUAUGAUCGAUAUCGAAGCUCCAGUCACCGUAUGCGGCGACAUUCACGGACAGUUCUACGACCUGAUGAAGUUAUUCGAAGUGGGCGGAUCACCCUCAACGACAAAGUAUCUCUUCCUCGGCGAUUAUGUAGACAGGGGUUAUUUCAGUAUCGAGUGCGUAUUGUACCUGUGGGCACUUAAGCUGUGCCAUCCAACCACACUGUUUCUCCUUAGAGGCAAUCACGAGUGCCGUCAUCUCACGGAAUACUUCACAUUUAAGCAAGAAUGUAAAAUAAAAUACUCGGAGAGGGUGUACGACGCUUGCAUGGACGCGUUCGACUGUCUGCCGCUGGCGGCCCUCAUGAACCAACAGUUCCUCUGCGUGCACGGUGGACUCUCGCCGGAAAUUCACAAUCUAGAAGACAUACGCAAAUUGGACAGGUUCAAAGAGCCCCCGGCGUACGGGCCAAUGUGCGAUCUACUCUGGUCGGAUCCGUUGGAGGACUUUGGAAACGAGAAGAACGCCGAGCAUUUCUCCCACAACAGCGUCAGGGGUUGUUCGUACUUUUACAGUUACGCGGCGUGCUGCGAUUUCCUGCAGAACAACAACUUGCUGAGCAUCAUUAGGGCGCACGAGGCACAGGAUGCGGGCUACCGCAUGUACCGGAAAUCUCAGACGACGGGCUUCCCAUCGUUGAUCACCAUCUUCAGCGCGCCCAACUACCUCGACGUUUAUAACAACAAGGCGGCAGUGCUGAAGUAUGAGAACAACGUGAUGAACAUCAGGCAAUUCAACUGUUCACCUCAUCCUUAUUGGUUGCCCAACUUCAUGGACGUGUUCACGUGGUCCCUGCCGUUUGUAGGUGAAAAAGUGACAGAGAUGCUGGUGAACGUGCUCAACAUAUGCUCGGACGACGAGCUGAUGAGCGACGGAGACGACGGGCUCGAAGAAGUGUCACAAGACCUGACAUCCGCAAAUUUAACUCGCGAAAGCUUAGAGAAGCGGAAACACAACGACACCGGAACGAUAUUUUCACGUGCAGCAGCCAAUCUACGCAAGGAGGUUAUCAGAAACAAGAUCAGAGCCAUUGGCAAAAUGGCGCGCGUCUUCUCUGUCCUGAGAGAGGAAAGCGAGAGUGUGUUACAAUUGAAGGGGCUCACGCCCACUGGAGCUUUGCCUCUUGGUGCGUUAUCGGGUGGCAAAACGUCGCUAAAAAACGCUCUCCAAGGUUUCUCGCCGAACCACAAAAUCACUUCGUUCGCCGAGGCGAAGGGUCUGGACGCUAUAAACGAAAGGAUGCCGCCAAGAAAGGACGCUCCACCCACGCCAGUAACCGAAGAGAAGCCUGUGAUAAAGCCGCCGGUUAUGCCAGAGAAGCGAGAGCCAUGCCCACCGCAACCGCAAUCGUGAGCCUCACACUCGUCCAAUCAAGGUGGCAAGGAUGGGUGUUAAGGUCCCAGUGCUGUCGCCGCCACCGCCGAAAGAUCCAAACCAUCGCUCGUCUCUCACCCCCGGUUGUUGUCGCCAGCGUGCCGUUCGUCGAGUCGAGAAGGAAGUGGCAUCCCGAGGAGGAACGUCCACCGCGAGGGGAUCGAUCGCGAGAUGGAAGAGGCGGAGAUGGAAGAUGCGGAGGAGUGCGUGAAGGGAACAACGAGCGUCGUCGUCGUCGUCGCGUAUGCUGCACGCGUCUCGGCAACCGCUGCUGCGACAGGUGGCCAGGACGACGAUGGAGGUGCUCGACAAUCGGUCGCCCGGCUUCGUUCAACUCGCGUCCAAAACGAGGCGAAGCGUUCACCUGCCGGGAGGAGCUGCACGCCCGGCGUGCCCUCGUCUCUUUUGUCCUCUUCCUGCCUGCGGACGACGACUCGUACGAUCUUCUUUCACCGCUCUACGAUCCGUGGCCGCGUUGGAUCACGACUUAGGAGCCGUUUAGCCGCGCUGGAGCGAGC